GAUGCAGCAAACACCCUCUGUUUUACCGGAAGUCUAACCAGAAGUCCGCUUAAAUCACUCGCUUAAUCGAUAGUGAUCUGAAGGUCAGGUUGGUCAUUCUAAACUGAAGUGGAGAUAAGAGCCUUAAGAUCUUGUGACAUUGUCCACAGUUUUCACUACAGAUUGUUCCUGGAGAAGAUACUCUGCUGGAUUGGGAUCAUUUACAACCAAACUGCAUGAAAAGAUGGUUAAAUGAGGCCAUAGUGAACACUUGCAUGUCACAGCUCAUUUAGAUGAGAACUUGGGAGAUGUGAUGUGCUAGAAAAUUGGUAGUCGAAGAAGAAGGAAAGAAACAGAAUUCACUACUGAUUUUGUCAAGACUUAAAAGUGACACAUUCUUGAUGAUGGAGCUGGGCAAGUGCAGGCAAUGCAGGAAGGGUUCUGUAUCUGGAAAAAUUGUGACUGAAAUGACAUUUGGGCAGAAAUUCCUGUGUUUCGUAUUUCUGGCCAUGGUCACUGUUACUAUAGUAACAGCCACAGAAUCAAAUGACAUACAGAGUCUGCUGAACAAUUUUGACAAUCAGGAUAAAUUAGCAGAUAGCAAGCCCAUUGCUAAACAGUUGAGGUUAGAACUUGAAGAUGCCAUGGUGAAAGUUGGCCAUUUGUUUUCAUACUCCCUUCCAAAAGAGCUUGCCAUAGGAUAUAAAGUAAAGCUGACGGAGGCAGGAAAAGAAAGGCUUCCAAAAUGGCUAGAACAUGAUAAGGAUUCCAAUUCUUUAAAGGGCAUUGCUAGUCAUGAAGAUCUAGGUCACCAUUAUGUUGAGAUUAAGGCCACACAUAACUCCACUGCUGCAGUGCAAGAUGUGUUUAAAGUUAGUGUAGUCAAGGACCUCCCACACACUACAGCCGUUCCUUUGAAAACUAAGAGUGAUGAUUCUCAUAAGGCUAUUUAUUGUCAAACUGGACAGCCUGUUACCAAAGUGACACUGGUAGUUGACACAGAUUUUGAUCAUUUGACACCCAAGCAGAAGGUUAAACUCCUCACCAAAAUGGCAUCUCAUUUGACAAUCCAAGAGGAUAAUUUGCAAUUAAAGCCAGUUGGCAAGAAUACUCUAUUUGAUGCCUCUGCACUGGUGGCAGGACCUGGAGAUGUAAAGACACCAACUCAUUCAGGUGCUUUUGUGAGUUGGAAGGUUGGUUGUGGCAAUGUGGAGUCCCAUCACAUGCCAGUGCUACAAAAACUAGAGAUCACAUCCAAAGAUGGAAGCAUGAAGGCAAAUGUAGGCCACCCCAUUGUUGGCUGGUAUGUUACAGCGUAUGUUCCUCAGGUUAAGCAACACGCAAAAAGGUUAGUGCGUCGUGCUGCAUCCACAGCAACACCAACCCUAGCUGUGUCACCACCUUCUGAGCUUCCUCUGGAUUCAAGCUCUGCUGAGCAGAAUACUUUGUUGGCACCAGAAAUGAGUAGAGUUAUUCCUGGGCAGGAGUCGCCCACAACAAGAAAGCCCCACCGUACAAAGACCGCUGGACGUCAUUAUAAAACCAGCACUGCCAGGUCAAUGGCUGCCACGCCAACAUCACCAGAGAUGUCCAAAAUGGCAGAAUCUACUGUGCCUAUGGUGACUUAUCAGAGUCAAGUGACCACGCCUACUCUAGUUCAGCCAUCUGUGACAGAUUCAGGGAAGGAAGGUACAACACCUAGAGUGACCCAACCCAUACAGCCAAGUCCUGUUAUCACCUCAUCCACCUCAGCUCACAAGACCACAGCAACCAAGACCAUGACCACUACCCAAACCAGGUUUCCACCUCUGACACCACCUAUAUCACCCCCACCACCAGUUACAACUAGGCGACCACCUAAAUUUGACCAAACUACAAGGCACCCCAUUGAAAAUGACACUCCAAAAUCUACAGACAAGGCAGUGACACAAACAUCUAACCAACAACCUGCCAUAAAAAAUCAGUUGGAGCCAAUCAAUGUCCUGGCUGGUCAGGUACUGAAUUAUACAAUCCCUGCCGAUACAUUUUACGAUUAUGAAGAUGGAGGAACCCAACAUUUGACACUUGUGGUCACAGACUCUCAAGGCUUCAGUUUAAAACCCAAUUCUGGCAUUCAGUUUGAUCCUAAACAACAAAGAUUGUGGGGUCUGCCAAUGUGGGAUGAAGUGGGAUCCAACAAAUACAUUAUAUCUGCUGUAGACAAUAUGGGAAAGAUUGCUGAAAUGCCAUUUGUAAUCAAUGUUGUUGACAUUGAAAAGAAAAAAGAGCCCAACCAUGAGUUCAGCAUGACUAUAAAUAUGAAUUAUUCUGCUUUUAUUAUAAGUUUGGAAAAAAGGAUAGAAAUAACCAACAAGCUGGCAAUGUACUAUGGGGAUGCUAAUGCUAAUAGUAUACUGAUAACAGAUCUGAAACAAGGGUCAGUGAUUUACAAAUGGGCCAACAAGAGUUUAGACCAGUCUCGCUGCCCUGUGUCUACUUUGUCAGUUUUGGUGCGGAAAUUAAUCACUGUAAACCAGACUGUGAGUGAAGACUUCCAGAGGGCUAUGGCUCCAUACAAGAUUAUGGGUGUGGGUCUUCAACCAAGUGGAAACUGUAAGUUUGAGGGGCAGGAAUCUGUCGAGCCAACACCACCACCACCAGCUGCAGGUGGGUCAGAGGAUGAGGAUGAAAUUCUGAUCACCACGGUGAUUCCAGCUGUUGUAAUAGCAGCCAUGUUGUUGCUGGCAGGAAUUAUAGCUUGCAUUCUGUAUCGUAAGAAACGAAAGGGUAAGAUGUCUGAUGAAGACCAAAAUACUUUCAUCAAUAAAGGAAUACCCAUCAUCUUUGCUGAUGAGUUAGAAGACAAACCAGAUCCACCUACCAAACCACUCAUUAUGGAGGAUGAGAAGCCACCAUUGCCUCCUCCAGAAUAUCAUGGUCGCUCACCAGCCGGAGGGAGUCCCCAUUCCACUCCCCCCUCAGACCACAAGGGUGGUAUUGAAGUGGAUGAGGCAGAGGAAGCUGAUGCCAGUGCCCCUUUGUAUCAACCACCACCACCAAUGUAUGCACCAAGAGACAACAAGAGACAGCGCCCUAAUGUCGUCUUGACUGGUUACCGCAGUCCACCAGCUUAUGUACCCCCUUAACAUCUUGGAAAAAUGUUUGUAUAUGAACUGUGAAUUGAGGAUGCAUUUAGUUAGUUUAUCUUUUCUCCUGCUAUGACUCCAUGCAUUGUUGGAAUGAAAUGGAAUUGGGAAAUAAAACAGGGUCAACAAUUUAAAAACAAGAAUGGAAGGCUUCAUGAUAUGUAAUUGAUAGAUGUAUUUUGAUGAUGGCAAUCAUUUUGAAAGAAAAGAUAAAAGUUUUUAGUUAUGUACAUGUUACCAAGAAGGUGGGACAUUGAAACAAGAAAACUGGCUGGUGCAUGCAUUAUAAUGACCUUCUAUUUAUUUAUGUUUUUUAUAAGGAGGGACUAAUAUCAGUUAGCUAUUCAGCUUCAGAAAAUAGCCUUGUAUUAAAUGUUUGAGUGUAUAACAUGCAAUACUUGACUGUCAAAGCAUAUUUAAAUGACAUGGUUAAGUAACAUAAUUUAGCUAGAUUGAAGAGAAUUUAUGAAACUGGGCUUUUCAGAUUUAUACCAAUCUAGUUUUCUCUUAUGUGCAAAAUAUUUUUAAAACUUUUGAGUCCAAAACUUAGAAACUGAUGUUUUUGAUGUAAGGUUUUAUAUAGCAAGAGUAAAACAUUUUAUAUUUUAUGUUGAUUAACUUUCUGUAUAUUUCUUAUCAAAUUCAUCAUGAUUUAUUCCUAUUGACCCGCAUUUAAAUAAUGAUUAUGUGCUCUGUCCAGUUUAACCUCAAAUUGUUUUUGAUCCUGUUAGCAAUCUCUUUGGGGAAAAAAUCAAGUUAAAGUAUAGACUGGGUGUACUGAUAAAGUUAAGCUUCUGUAUUAUUAUGCUGUCACUUUAAUAUCAAUGUAUAAUGUAAUGACAUAACUUUUAAUGUUGUUCUAAGUGUUAUUAUUAUUAUGUCUUUUUUCCCAUUAUAUAAUGUUUAAAUAUCAGGUUUUGCUUAAAACAGUCAAUCAUCCAAAGCAAAGAGUAAAAAAGUUAUGGGAACAUUUUACAGGUAGUUUUUUGCAUGUUGAUUUGUCAUGGGAGACAUGACAAAUCAAUUACAUUUGUGGAAUUUUAAAGAUAUCUCGAUUUUAAGUCCCAUGUGUCUAGUACAAGCUAGAUCUAUGUCUAAUUUGAUGAUUACACUGAGCAUAUGAAGUUAUAAGGAAAGCCUAACAAAUGGGGCAAACCCAUUUCACAGAUAUAACUAGAAAAGAAAGAACUCCAGGUUAAAAUAUUUGGACCAGUUCAUGCUAGAAAUUAGCAAAAAUAAACUUUGUUUAAGGAAGGGCAUAUGUUAUAAUAACCCUUAAAGAUCUUGCCAGCUGUCCUUGAGUAAACAAUGAGGAACAUAUAUUGUGUACAAUAAAAACAAAGAACAACUACUUCACUGGAGCAAAACUGGAAUAAUGGUAGACAGAUCUUUAAACCAGUCCUGUAGAGCUUUAAAAAAUCUAAUUCCACUUGUUAACAAGGUGAGAUUUUAAAGAAAUAUUUGUUUUGCAAAUGAGUUUGGGUUUGUCUGAAUAGAAAACCUAAUAUGUGUUUAUGUGUAGGAGUUAUGAAUAUACUGAAAAUUAUAUGGAUUGUGUUGUAUCUGGGAAUGUUCACUGUCAAGAAUUUAUGAAAUUGUAGGCAGAUGGCCUUAUUACAUUUAUACCUCAGUUUAAGUAUUAUGAGUUAGUUGGAAUUAUUAUGACAGGGAGUAAGAAUUUGGAAAUAAAAUAAAGAAGUAAGUUUUUUUACAUAUUUUGGUAAAUACACUGAAAGGCAUAUUUCUUAGGAUUAUUAAUGCCACAAGGAAGGGCACUGCAGAUAUUGCAAUGAGACAAUUGGCGUGCCGGUUAUCACACCGCAACUCUUCCACUUUUAAGACCAAAUGUGAUAUUUUACAGCUACAAUACAAACUGACUAUUUGAUGAUUUCAACAAAUGUAAAUUAUCCUGUUAAUUAUAAGAAUCACACUUUUGGUUACACUCUUGCCCAUCUCUUCUAUACUGAAGGAUUGUUUUGCAAGCAACUUUUUUUACUAAAAUCCAUGAAAGCUUCAGCAUUUUACCAAUGACCUCUGCUUAUUUGGCCUCUUUGCUGAUGCUGCAAAUUUUAAUUCUUGUACAAUUAAUGAAUUAUGUGUCAUGAGUUGGGGUUGUUUUUUAUCAUAUGAAAAAGACACUACGGAUUUCAUCUAGAGAAUACAUACUUUUGGUUUUUUGCUAAGGCUUUAGAUUAAGACUAAUUUGCUCUAAGACCCCAGUAGUCUAUGUAGAUCACCCCAACUCUGUGGGGUCUCCGUGCAAUCAGCUUAACUGGAUGACAUGCCUCCUGGCUUUGUGUAUAAUACAGGAAAGCUGGUGAUUAGAUGAGUACAUAGGAAUAAAGAGGAGGUAUGUCAUUCAGUUAAGCUGAUUGCAAUCAGUGAGUCCCUGCACUGUUGGAUCGAUCUACAUAGACUGAUGAGGUUUAUGGGAAUUAACCCUUUGAGCUAAAAAUAAACAUGACAUAACCUGUGCAGGUAUCAGCUUUAUUUGGUGAAAGCAUGAAUAUGCAAUCUGAUUGAGACUACUGUACAAAGGACAAGUUUCUGCGUUCAUUUGUCAAAUCAGACAUUCAAUUCCAUGUAAGUUUGCAAGAAAUGGUCAGUAGCUAGCAUAUGUCUUAGUAAGAAAUGGUUAUUAGCUAUCAUUUAUGUUAGUAAACCUACCACUCCAUUGCCAAGGUGAACUCCACACUUUGGUGAUGCAUACAUUUUGGUACUUAAAGGUGUGCAGACUUUUUUUUCUGUACUUACGUAGUUUUAUGAACAUUUUAUACUUAAGUUUUAUUUAUUCCCAUUUUCUUUAGAGUUUCUCUUUCCAGCAUGCAUUUCCAUAUUAGAUAGUUUCUUAUUUAUGUAGGGGUAUGAAAAGGAGAGAAAGUGAGAGAAUUUUUUCUGAGAAUCUUAGAAAAAGAAAGUCAUUCAGACUGGACUUAUAUUAAACAUGCAGGUGAAAUGCCAACGUUUAUUAUCAGAAGUGAAAGAAAUGACUUGAAAUGGUAACCUUUUUUAGUUGUUCACAAGAAUGUGAAUGGUUUAAUGUCAGGUUUUUCAAUGACUCUGUACCUCUUUUCAUCCUGCUUACCUGUAAUUCAGAGUUCAUACAGCCUUGAAAAAUGCUUGAAUUAAAGCCUGCUUUUUGAAUUUAUUUUGAGGUCUUGUGUAGUUCAUGAAAUUGCUGUUAUAAUUGAAAAAGGCUUGUUUUCCAUCAUUUUUGUCCUUGAAAAGUACUUGAAUUUGAUUACUGACCAAAUUGUCAAAAAUAACA